AUGGCCAGUGCUGCGAUCUGCUCGGUCACCAUCCUCCUCUUGGCUAUGGCCGUAUGUGCCUCCGUCUCCAGCGCCUCACACCCACUGGCGGCUGUGGAGGCAACAACAGACCACGCCGUCACCAAGGAGGAGGGCAACCUGCUACCAGUGCACAAUGCCCAUGACAAGGAAGAGAUGGAGGAGGCCAAGGCCGGGGGACAACAAGGCAGUGCUCAGGAGGAAGAUAAGAAGACCGGAUCCUAUUGGGGCAAGGCCAAUAAGCUAGACGACGACGACGACGAUGAUAACGAUGAUUCCGAUCAUGAUUCGGACUCGGACCAUGAUCACGAUCACGAUUCAGACUCGGACCAUGAUCGUGAUCACGAUUCAGACGGGGAUUCUGAUGACAAUGAUGACGAUGACGAUGAUGAUCACAAAUCGAAGAAUGAAAGGAAAAAGAAUCACGCAGCUCAGGGGAGGAAAGGAGCUCCAGGUAGUAAGCGCGAUGGUCAGCUGCCUAAGGUAGUGAAAAAGGUGUGA